GCCUCUACAUCCCCCUGGGGAAGAUUACGCUAGUUUUCACGCUAUCUUCGUUAUCAGUUUGUGGCAGCGCGUGUCGUUAUACAUAAAUUUUACUGGGAUGUUAAGAGGAAUGGCUGCCACGAUCAGAAAAAUAGUAAGCACUUCCAAAGCUCCCGGAGCCAUUGGACCUUACAACCAAGCUGUAAUUGCAGACAAAACAAUGUAUGUGUCUGGACAACUGGGAUUAGACCCUAAAACUAUGGAUUUUGUGUCAGAUGAUGUCACAGAGCAAACUAAGCAGGCACUGACCAACAUGGGCCAUAUUCUGGAGGCAGGAGGCUCCUCAUUUGACAAAGUUGUGAAGACCACUGUUCUUUUGGCAGACAUUCAAGACUUUGCCAAAGUGAAUGCGGUUUAUUCCACCUUUUUCACCGAAAAACAGCCAGCAAGGGCAGCCUAUCAAGUAGGAAAUCUCCCUAAGUAUGGAAAAGUUGAGAUUGAAGCAGUUGCCAUUGUCGGAGAGGUCACCGCAAGUAAGCUGUGAUGGCAUGGAGAUGUUGGGUGAUAUUCAGUUACAUGUAAAAAUUUUAGAUACGGGAGCUUUUGCAUGAUAAACCUCAGUA